GUUCACCCCCCUCCCCCGCCCUCCUACCAGUGGAUCGCGUGUGCCGGUUAGCAUGCCACUCAGACGCCGAAUCUGCAGCAAAUAAAUCCAAAUUAUUAAUACACAACGCCAAAUUCCUGCAGUUGGAGCAAAGGCCUGGUUGCGCAGAAAUAUUGGCGCCGAGGAGGGAGCGGGUUGGUGGAAAGAGGGGUGCGUGGCGGUGGGAAGUGCUCUCCUAACCAAAUCCUCCAGAACAUGGCGGAGCACCACACCGCCUCCGACUGUAAGCACAAAGCGAGCUCCAACUCCGGAGGUUCGGUCUCGGGCAACGGACGGCCCAACUCCCCGGCUGGAUGCAGCGGCGGAGGCCUGUCCGGGGGACUGACGCAGCCGGCGGGAUGGCAGUCUUUGCUGUCGUUCACCAUUCUCUUUCUGGCCUGGUUGGCAGGGUUCAGCUCUCGACUUUUCGCAGUUAUUCGCUUCGAGAGCAUCAUUCACGAGUUUGACCCUUGGUUCAACUACAGAUCUACUCAUCAUCUUACCACUAACGGUUUUUAUGAGUUUCUCAACUGGUUUGACGAGAGGGCCUGGUACCCACUGGGCAGAAUAGUGGGAGGGACGGUGUAUCCUGGUCUGAUGGUGACGGCGGGCUUGAUUCACUACAUACUGAAUUUGCUUCAUGUGACUGUGCACAUACGUGACGUUUGUGUGUUCCUGGCCCCCGUCUUCAGUGGCCUGACUGCCAUCUCCACCUUCCUGUUGACGCGGGAGCUGUGGAACCAGGGUGCCGGGCUGCUAGCAGCGUGUUUCAUCGCCAUUGUACCCGGCUAUAUUUCACGCUCUGUGGCCGGCUCAUUUGACAACGAGGGCAUUGCCAUUUUUGCCUUGCAGUUUACCUACUACUUAUGGGUGAAAUCGGUGAAAACUGGCUCGGUUUUUUGGGCCAUCGGCUGCUGCCUCUCUUACUUUUACAUGGUGUCUGCAUGGGGAGGAUACGUCUUCAUCAUCAACCUGAUUCCCCUCCAUGUUUUCGUGCUGCUCCUUAUGCAGCGCUUCAGCAGGAGACUGUACAUCGCCUACAGCACCUUUUAUAUAGUGGGGUUGGUGCUGUCCAUGCAGAUCCCCUUCGUAGGCUUCCAGCCCAUCAGGACAAGCGAGCACAUGGCUGCAGCAGGUGUAUUUGCUUUACUUCAGGCUUACGCCUUUCUGCAGUAUCUGAAGGACAGACUGACCAGGCAGGAGUUCCAGACACUGUUCUUUCUGGGCGUUUCUAUGGCUGCAGGGGUGGUUUUCCUCACUGUUAUUUACCUGACUUACACAGGGUACAUUGCUCCUUGGAGUGGGCGUUUUUACUCUCUCUGGGACACCGGAUAUGCAAAGAUCCACAUCCCCAUCAUCGCAUCGGUGUCAGAGCACCAGCCCACCACCUGGGUCUCCUUCUUCUUUGACCUGCACAUCCUGGUCUGCACCUUCCCAGCAGGCCUCUGGUUCUGCAUCAAGAACAUCAACGAUGAGCGAGUCUUUGUGGCUCUAUAUGCCAUCAGCGCAGUGUACUUUGCUGGUGUGAUGGUGCGUCUGAUGCUGACACUCACCCCAGUGGUGUGCAUGCUGUCAGCCAUCGCCUUCUCCAGUGUGUUUGAGCACUACCUGGGCGAUGAUAUGAAGCGCGAGAACCCGCCGGCUGAGGACAGCAGUGAUGAGGACGACAAGAGGAAUCAGGGGAACCUCUAUGAUAAGGCCGGCAAAGUCCGAAAGCACGUGUCGGAGCAGGACCGGCCGGAAGAGGGUUUGGGCCCCAACAUCAAAAGCAUUGUUACCAUGUUAAUGCUGAUGCUCUUGAUGAUGUUUGCAGUGCACUGCACGUGGGUCACCAGCAACGCCUACUCCAGUCCCAGUGUAGUGCUGGCAUCAUACAACCAUGACGGGUCACGCAACAUUCUGGACGAUUUCCGUGAAGCGUAUUACUGGCUCAGGCAGAAUACAGAUGAACACGCUCGAGUCAUGUCCUGGUGGGACUACGGGUAUCAGAUAGCCGGCAUGGCCAACCGCACCACGCUGGUGGACAACAACACGUGGAAUAACAGCCACAUAGCACUGGUCGGUAAAGCCAUGUCCUCCAAUGAGAGUGCAGCCUAUGAGAUAAUGAAGUCCUUGGAUGUGGAUUACGUUCUGAUCAUCUUCGGGGGAGUGAUUGGAUACUCAGGCGACGACAUUAACAAGUUCCUGUGGAUGGUGCGCAUCGCUGAGGGGGAGCAUCCUAAAGAUAUCCGGGAAAGUGAUUACUUCACACCACAGGGAGAGUUUAGAGUGGAUAAGGCCGGCUCUCCCACCCUGCUCAACUGCCUGAUGUACAAGAUGUCUUACUAUCGCUUUGGGGAAAUGCAACUGGACUUCCGCACACCCCCUGGAUUUGAUCGGACACGGAACGCAGAGAUCGGCAACAAGGACAUCCGUCUGAAACACUUGGAGGAGGCGUUUACCUCUGAGCACUGGCUGGUGCGCAUCUACAGGGUGAAGAAGCAAGAGAACCGACAGGCUCUGGACCACAAGCUCCGCAACAUCGCAGCCAAGCAGAAGUACACCUCAAAAAAGACAGCCAAAAGGAAGAGGGGAUACAUCAAAAACAAGUUGGUUCUGAAAAAAGGCAAGAAACUGAAUAAGAAGUCUGUUUAGCUAUUGAAUGAAAACGUUAAGAAUGGAAAAAGGAAAACAAAAGACAAGGACAAGUGCAACUAGUAAGUAAUCCACCAAUCAAAAAGAAGAACAAACAUGUUGUCUGGCACCGCCCACCUGAGAAUGUUUGAUUGGAGGCUGUUGGUCCUGCGAUUGCCGUGAUGAUGCGGAGGAUCCAUGAGCGUUUGGAGGAUGGGGAUCUGCACCGCAGUUUUAAUCUGACAACUCUGGACUUAAUUUGGUCUUGUUCUUUUUUUUUUUUUUGCUUUUUUUUUUUUUUUUGCUUUUUUUUUUGUACUUGAAUAUGCUGGUGAAGAGAGAGCGCUGCCCGUGUCUCAAACAGCAGGCACAAUUUUUGUGGUACAGUUUGAUAUAAUACAACCGAAUGCUAAAACAACCAACUAAUAUGAAUUCAUUAAGCUCAGUGAACCUUGGAGCACCAAAGAGAUUUUUUUUUGUCUUGUCAGAGCCUGUGAUAAAUUGUUACCUUUUGAUUAUAAAAACCAAUUAAAAAUAAAAGUCUGAGGAAAAUAGAGCCGUCUGCAGUGCGACAGCCCCUAAAAUGCUCUCUUGGUUUUAACUGUUAUCUGACAAACCCGGUUUCUAUGUGACAAUGCAGUGGGUUCUUUGUGGCUCUGAAUUGGGGGAUGGGGGUUCUCCUUUUUUUUCUAAGGCAAACACUGCAAAGGACUCGAUUAUCAGUAAAUGUUUAACUGUUGUGGUGAUUUUUGAAUAUAAUUUUGUUUGUUACAUAAUUUUGAAUGUUUUUGGUUUGUUUUUCUAUUUGGUUGUAAGAUUUUAUGCAAUAAUUCUAAAUUCAAAUGAAGAAGAAUCCGCUUUUAUUUUCUUUAUUGCUCAUGUGUUUUGUCCAGAGGGGGCGCUGUGGCUUGGCAUCUCCUGUUCACACAUUUGCGAAGAUCAGAUGUUUUUUUUGGGCCAAUUAGAAAUCAAAAUGUUUCCCCCUCUUCCUAAACAACUGUCUGCCAGGACAAAGAGUGAAUUGAAUUAGUUGUAGGUUUAUUAAAAUGCUGCAUUACUAGCCUGAAUGCACUUUGUCUUAGUUCACCUUAAUGUGGAUCCACUACUGAGUAGCAUGCAGGUGGAGAGUGCUUAUUUUUAGUGUGAAUAUUCCAUUUUUUUUUAACAUUAUAACAUCCAAUGGGUUUUCUUUGAUUUCUGGGCUGCCAUUUAAACUUUUCCCCUCUUUGUUUUCUGCCUUUCUGGUUUUCAACCCUACGCGUAUUCCUUUUGCUUCAUUUCUUUCUUUCUUUUUGUAAGAUAAUUAGAAGGAAAUUUUUUUCCCCUCUUCUCCACAACAUAUCCAUAUUAUUCUUCUCAGAGGGCUCUGAAUCUUAAGAGAAGGUAUUUAUUAAUAAGAAUGAAGUUGAGAAGAGGAAGCUGUUCAUCCUGAAAUGCAAAAACUGUAUUUGUUUUCUUUUUCAAGUGAAAUUUAUUCCAUAAAUUGUAAAAUAAAGUUAAAAAAAAUAAUUAAAAAGAGCGAGAGAAAGGCAAAGAUGCUGUUUGUGAGAAUGAGUUUAUGCCAUUUGUGAUUAAAAGAAUUAAUGAAAGAA